AUGGGGCCGAGCGCCAAGGCAGGCUCUGGCGCCCCGUAUUCCACGCCGCGGGCCCCUCGGCCCUCGCCCCAUGAUGGAGGCACCGGCACGCCUUGCCCAACGACGGCUGGACGGCCAAAUCUGCUGUGCAGCUCCGCGUGUGCCCCGCGAGCGCCCGCGCCGCGCGCCGCGCCAGAGCCUGCGGCCCGAACCGCAGCUGCCCGCCGCCGGCGGGCAGCUGCUGCGCCGGUGCCCUCGGCUGCGCCGGCACGCCCAGCUCUUCGCACGGCUGGCGCCAAGAGGCGGGCGGUGCUGGUGCGCUACCACGCCGCAGCGGCGGGAUGGUCGCAGCGGGACCUGCAGCGCCACGCGGUGCACGUGGCCGCGUGGGCCCUCGAGGAGGCUGGAGCCGCCGCCCCCGGCGCCCCCGAGGCCGCCGCUGGCGGCGGGGAGCUGGGCCCGGCGCGGGUGCUCGCCGCGCUGCUGCGCCGCUGUAGGGGCCCGCUGUCGCCCUGGUUGCGCCCACGUAAGUCGGGCAUGUCUUUCCACAGGAGGAAUGUUCAUGCGUAG